GCCCGCCGCCCUCCUCCCCUCCCCGCCCGCGACGCGCGCGCGCCCGCAUGCAAAUGAGCCCGAUUCAAGAGAAAAAAAAAAUUUUUUUUUUAAGGUCCUGGGAGCGCGCGUGCGCAGAGCGAAAGCGGAAUCUACACCUUCCCGGGCCGCGGUAGCAACUGCAGAACUACAGGAGACAAUCUUUCUAGACAACGCGGUGGAGGAGUCGGAGGAGGAGGGAGUGCCCGGAGGGGGCUGGCCUGCGUGCACCGCGCACCCCGGGAGCCUGAACGCGCGUGGAGAGGCUUGCCUUGCGGAGGACCUGACCGCCAGAAGAAGACGAGAAGAUGUUUGGUUUUCACAAGCCAAAGAUGUACCGGAGUAUAGAGGGCUGCUGUAUUUGCAGAGCCAAGUCCUCCAGUUCUCGCUUCACUGACAGUAAACGCUACGAGAAGGACUUCCAGAGCUGUUUUGGGUUGCACGAGACGCGUUCCGGCGACAUCUGUAACGCCUGUGUCCUGCUUGUGAAGAGGUGGAAGAAGCUGCCGGCAGGAUCCAAAAAAAACUGGAACCACGUGGUUGAUGCCAGGGCGGGACCCAGUCUGAAGACGACCUUGAAGCCAAAGAAAGUGAAGGCGCUGUCUGGAAACAGGAUCAAGAGCAACCAGAUCAGCAAGCUGCAGAAGGAGUUUAAACGUCACAAUUCUGAUGCCCACAGUACCACAUCGAGUGCCUCUCCGGCUCAGUCUCCGUGUUACAGCAACCAGUCGGACGACGGCUCGGACACGGAGAUGGCUUCGGGCUCCAACAGGACACCGGUGUUUUCCUUUCUGGAUCUCACAUACUGGAAGAGACAGAAGAUCUGCUGUGGGAUCAUCUACAAAGGGCGCUUCGGGGAGGUGCUCAUUGACACACACCUCUUCAAGCCCUGCUGCAACAGCAAGAAGGCGGCCGCCGAGCCGCCCGCGCCCCAGGGCCCCGAGCCGCUGCCCAUGGCCACUCAGGAGUGGUGACCGCCGCCCUCGACCACCCAGUGACAAACUGAUCCCCCCCUCCUUCUACUCGGACACCUGCUAUUCUGCCAAAAGACGGUCUCUAGGCUAGUUUUGGAUGGGUUGUUUGCUCCCCCGGCCCCCACAUCCUGAAGUCACUGUUGGCUUCUUGUAGAGCGAGAAUCCGUGUACAUACUAUUUAAGAUGCUGAGUAUCAUAGGAAAGCUGGAUGCUGCUGUAAAGUGCUCUUUGGCAUCUUAUUUUGUUUUUGUUUUUUUUUUAAUCCCCUUCUAAUGAAUGGAAUUAGGGGAAUUUCAGGGGACAGAGAUGGGAUCUGUUGUAUGAUAAAAUGUCUGUAGUGUGUAGUCUUUCUGAGAAGCAGUGGUUGGAGCAGUUUUGGGGCUUGCCGGCACUCCUUGUCUUCCUGACAGGCCGCCGGCCAUCCUGGGACCAGCCCCAGCAUGGGGCUGCUGAGGUCUGGCCAGGUUCUGAGGGUUCAAACCCGUACUACUGACGACGAAACAGGACAGACAGCUGCUGGGUGUGCGUCCAGGGAAGGGGACGGUCAUUCCCCUUGGGGGGCGGAGAUCCCCAGCCUGUGUGUGUGGUGCCCCGUGUCACUCCCCGUUAGUUGCUAUUGGAUGCGGAUUUGAAUCCAUGUGAGGUUGCAUGGCAGCUGCUGGGCCACGGGCCUGGCCCCGUUCCUCGACCCUCCGGGACCGUGCUGUCUGUGUGAGCUGGCGCUUGGUGCCGGGCUUUGGGCUUCUUUGGCUAGGUUUAGG